GUUACUUUCUUUGACUGGAAAAAUAUUUUGCCCACGAGGAGCGAUGGCGGCGGCGUCUUUACUCGAUCGAGAGAGAAGCGACAGCAGCGAUUUCGCGUCGCCACUGGCACUCAAGCUCCAGCAGCGUCGAGCAGCGGUUCGUCGGAGAAUCCACCGGAAUCGCAGGGAUUCGACGCCGGCACUCCAAAUGGGGGCGAGAUCGACGAGGAUCUAUGCAGCAUUCUCAAUCUUCUCAUGGACGACAGUGAUCAGCGCGAAGAUCGAAGCAUUACUCCAGAGCAAGGUCAUGGCGUUGACAAAAGCAGCGAUUUGGAGGUACUGGAGCACGAGCUCAUGGAGUUGAUCGGCUUGGAGGAGCCGGAUCCUGGCGAGCAGGAUUCUUCGCAGCUGCUUCCAGAGGAAGAACCAGAUCUCUCCAGCAGUGACUUUGGUGGUUUCGCAACGAUGAGAUGCUCGCUCUCCACGAACGUCCUCGACAAUCCAGAGUGCGAUGUAACUUUCGACGCUAGUGAGGACGAAGACUCAAGCAUGGUGAUCCAGCCAGAGGUCGCAUGGAUGAUCGACAGCCCGGUGGGACUCCAGUGGCCAAAGCCAUCGCCAAAAUACCAGCACGAAGAAGACCUCCAGCAGCAGCCACCAUCUCUACUCGCCACUGGCAAAGGAACUUACUACCAAGUCUUGGAGAGUGUGGGACUGCCAAGCUUGGAUCUUGUCGAGCAGCUCGUCGAGUGUGCUCGAGCGGUCUCUUCCCAUGACGUGAUGCGAGCCAACCUCUUGGUGGAGGAGAUCCGGAGCAAAGUGUCGCCACUUGGAACCUCCACGCAGCGGAUCGUCUACUACUUCGUCGAGGCUUUGGUGGCGAGGGUGUCCGCCACAGGGAAUGGCCUCUUCACGGCAAUGUGUCACGCGAGGCCAACCGCGGGAGCGAUGCUCAAGUCGGUCGAGUACAUCAUGGAACGAAGCCCGUUCUUGUCCGUGAGAUACUUCUUCCCGAAUCAAGUCAUCCUCAACGCGUGUAGAGGUCACCAGCGGAUUCACAUUGUCGACUAUGGUGCCUGUUUCGGGUUCCAGUGGCCGGCUCUGAUGCAAGAACUGGCGAAUACUCCGGGUGGUCCUCCGUAUCUGCGCAUCACCGGCAUCGAUUCUCCAUUACCAGGGGGUGGCAGCGCCAGCGACGUGGGGUGCAUGCUCCGGGAGUAUGCGCAGUCGAUCGGGCUGCCUUUCAAGUUCCGGGCCGUGUCGAAGAAGUGGGAGAACAUCGACGCUGCGACGCUGCUCCUGAGCGACGAUGAAGUUCUAGCCGUCAACUGUAUGUUCCGGCAGACCAACUUGCUUGACGAAUCCGUUCUCGCCGAGAGCCCGAGGAAAAUGUGGCUCAACCGGGUGCGGAGCUUGAAUCCCAGGGUGUUCAUCCAGGGGAUGAACAACGCGAGCUACAACGUCCCCUUCUUCAUGACGCGGUUCCUCGAGGCGCUGACACAUUUUGCGCUGCUCUUCGACGCCAUCGAUUGCUGCUCGCAGCCGGAGAGCAAGGAGCGGCACUUGCUGGAGCAGGAGAAGUACGGGCGGGAGAUCGUCAACAUCGUGGCGUGCGAGGGAUUAGAGCGAGUGGAGCGAGCGGAGACUUACAAGCAGUGGCACUCGAGGACGCAGCGAGCCAAGUUUGAGCUGCUCAACAUAAGCGACCAGGUGUUCCACGACACGGAAUCGCUCAUGGGUAUGUAUCACCAAAGCUUUGAGCUUCACAGGGACCAGGGGUGGCUGCUACUGGGAUGGAAAGGCCAGAUCCUCCAUGCCUUCUCGGGAUGGAGACCAAGCUCCAGCUAAUGGGUGGUAGUGAGAGGUCCGGGAGUUUGCUCCAUUCGGGAAUAUCUUCUAGAUUAUCAAGGUAAACUGUUGAUCAAAGCUAAGGUGCUUGUCCAUGGAACUUUCGUUAUCACAAAGGCAAAAUGUAGCCUGAUUGACUUACAAGAAAAUAAGAAUGUUUAUACCUAUAAAAAUCAAUAAAAAUGUCAUUCAUGAUGCUUU